AUGACCAAUCGUAUUAUUCUGUUUCUAAGCUAUGCAAGCUCAGAUAAACUGGAUUUGACUUACCUUCCACCUCCGGGAUCGCAGUAUGCUGGUGGAACGCCAGAAGAUAUAAAAACACCUUUGGAAUAUCCUAAGGAAACUUAUGAUACUACGCUUCGACAACGAGUGGCAUUUGGACAAAAUGCACCGAACCCUGAUGACUAUAAGCCGACUAUUGGAAUUGACAGAGGUCUUCCGUUACCGGCUCAAGAUGGUUCUAGUGCCUAUGAACCAACCGGUUCUUCUAAUAAUUUUCAAGGCUACCAAAAUAUCCCAACCACUACUGUAUCAUAUGCUUUUACUCAAACAACCACUCAUCCAACCUCAAGUAAUUUUGAGACUACAAUUAGUCCAAUUAAUCCAAUAACUGGUCUCCCGAUAACGACUCCUUUUGAUAUUCCUUCACAACCAAUUUAUCAAGGGAUCAAUAAUCAUCUCCAUCAUGAUGUGCCUGGUUAUCCUGGUUAUCAGCCAGCUUUUAACAGAUUUAAUAACCAACAAACUCCUGGACAAGUUUCACAAACUCAUCCUAAUGGUGAAAUUUAUCUUGAUCAAAAUCAACCAGGAGUCUCCCGAGUUCAACAAGGUUUUCAACAACCUGGUUCAGGAAGACGGCCAACUUUGGUUACACAUGUUCCAUUUGAAACUGAAUAUCAAAGAAAUCAAACUGGCAUAAACGAAUUUAGCAGACAUCCUGAGUUAGUUUCACCUACUACACCAUCUCAAGGCUCACUACCUGAAUUCUUACCUAAUGUUACUAGUGAUCGUAAUGUAAAGAAGUAUCAAGAUAUUUCGAGUCUAAGCCCAUAUCAAUCACAAACUGAUAAUAUAUAUCAAUCGCCUCAUUCUCAUCGUUCCGAAAACAAAAUAGUAUCAAGUCAAAGUCCGUUUCCAAUUUUAAGCAAUCAAGUACCUGAACAAGAAUAUCUCGAAAAAAAAUCAAAUGUUAAUGACUUCUUUAAUUCUUAUCAGCACUUUCCAAAUAAAGCCUCUGAGAUUCCUGUACCAGAGUUUGAAAAUCAACAACUUUCUUCAGGACAUUUUAGUAGUAGACCAAGUAGUAUUGCAGUUAUCAAAGAAGGAAACAUCGAUAGAACUAAAUAUGUCAAUAAAUUCGAAAGACCUCAGGCUGAAGCUGAUAGAAAUGCUGUUAUACCUAACUACAAAAAUAUUAUUACACCUGAAGGAUUUGAGUACUCAUUUGAUACGUCAAAUGGUAUACAUGCAGAUGAAAAUGGAACUGCUACUGAUGGAGUGAAAGCUACAGGAUCUUAUUCAUAUACAGGUGACGACGGAAAAGUCUAUAGUAUUGUAUAUACUGCUGAUGAAAAUGGUUUCCAGCCCCAUGGAGAUCAUUUGCCUACACCUCCUCCUGUUCCUGAAGCAAUACAAAGGAUUAUUGAACAAGCAAACAAAGAAAAGGCAGCUGGCAUCAUUCAUGAUGGAUCUUAUGAUGAGGACAGAUAUGGAUACAAGAAGUAUCAAAAACCAGUUAGCAGUUAUCCUCUAGAUUUGGAAAGAACAACCAAGUUUAAGACUCCAAAUAGUUCCAUUUAUCCAAGUGAGGAAGGAGAUAACUCUCAGCGAUAUCAUGAGGGUGAUAAAACACCAUCCCUCAUAUACGAAUCUGGAUCAAAAAAAUAUCCGGUUGGUGAACAGAAAAUAAUUUCAGAUAAUACCGAUUAUGUCAUGCCACAAAUUGAAAAUAAGAGUAAUCAAAUAGUAAAAGACGUAACAAGGAGACCAGGCAAUGAAAAAUCAUUUAUACCUUCUUUGAAACAUAUUUCCGAUAAGACUGAUAAUUCACCAAGAAAACAAUUCAUUGGUGAUAAGAAUUUCAGACAUCCAACUUAUAAAUCAGAUAAAAAUCAAAUUCAAGAAGCUCCUUAUAAUAAUGAAAAUAUAGAAGAAAGCAACAGGCAAAAGCCAUCAAAAGGCAGUCAAUAUUCAACUGAUAAAUAUGAAGAACACGUUCAAGAACAAUAUCGUCCACUUGGCGCAGAGAACCGAAUCCGAGAGCCAGAAUCUAAACACAACAAAGAAUACAAGUUUCUUAAACGGCCUGUAGCUGGAAUAAGAAAACACCACAACUACCAGGAUUAUAAGCUUGAGAUGACGACACCUAUUAAUAAAUUUAUGUCAGAGCUUGACACAGAUUACUCAGAAACAGAUGAUAAAGGGUUGGACAAUCAUCAAAUUUAUUACAAAAAUGAAAAUAAGCUAUUUGAUAAUGGAAAUGAACAACGGCCAAACUACCAAACAAAAACAAUAAGUUCAAAGUUUACCCCCACACAAAAAUAUGAGUCUUCUAGUGACAUACCUUCUACAUUCAGACCAGAAGGAAUAAAUAAACCAAAAGUGGAAUCAAAUUUCGAACAAAAUAUAUCAACGAAAAGGCGCCCUUUUGUACCUGGAUUAAGUGUCAAAGAAGAUAUGAUAAUUAACAAUAAAAACAACCAAGGAUCCCUUGAUGAUAUAAGCGGUGAGUAUGAUAGUAGAAAAGGUAAUGAAAAUAAUUACGACAUAUAUACGACACCCAUAUAUCAACCAACAGAAAACCGUUAUGAUAUAUCUGUAGAUUUGCAGUCACAAAAUAUUCAGCCAACAGUUUCCAAUAGACCACCUACAUAUGCAACAAAUUCAUCACAAAUUCAUGAUGAUGUUCAAAAAUCUCGACCAAUUGCUCAAAGAGAACACGAUGAUGAACAGGAAUAUGGUAACAAACAAUACGGUCAAAGACUUAAUGGAAAACCAACAUUCUAUUCAGUUACAGAUAGUGGACAAAAUAUGAAAAAGAUUUUUAAUAGCACAGGCUACCAAUACAUUCCACCGAGCAAUAAAUUCUUUGAUGAUGGAAAUAACUUUUCUACUCGAUAUCCCGGAACUGGAUCAAUAUAUACGACAAGGAGGCCAUCUCAGCAAUUGAAAGAUGCAACCGUAAAACCUUUUAUAACUCCUAAUGUAUCACGAGUUGGAGUUGAGAAUUCAGCAGAUAAUUAUGAAGAAGAAUCUACGUCGCCAAAAGGUGAAUUUCCAAAUGAGCAAUAUCAGUAUGAAGGUAAAUUGAAUAAAAAAAAUUAUCAGCAAUACACAAUACCUGAUCAAGUAUACAAUGAUAAAGUUAUUUCUAAAGUUCGACCUUCAAAUCAGCCUUCUGAAUCUAAUUCAAAAUUGUCACAAUACAAUCAACAGUAUUCCACACCUAGUUAUAAUAUGUAUCCAAAAGAAACUUCUCAAUCUUUCAAAGAAAUCCCAAAUGAAAUUGGUUCAAGCACUCAAGCACCUUACACAAUUUCAACAACAACACCUACUUCCACAACAUCUCCAGGACCUUACUAUUAUGGUACAAAUGAGAGGAAGAAUAUAAUCCCUGGCCCAAAUAAUGGAUAUUAUACCAUGAACGGCCACAACAAGCCUGGCAUCGUAACUUCUUCGACCUUAACACCCUACCAAGAUUCUGGUAAGUCUUACCCAGAGGGAGCUCCUGUAGGUACAACAUAUCGACCUAGUCAAGCAACAACUCCCGAAUACGAAUAUUAUGAAGGAACAAAAUCAAUAUUACCAAUUGGUCUCCCUACUGGAACAACAGAUACAGGCUUUAAACCUGCAGAAAAUAUUUACAACAACCAUCUUCCUAGUACAACUUAUCGACCAAAUUAUACUAUCACAGGUAUAAAUGAAGGAAAUACACAACGAAUUGAUGGCACUAAAAAACCGAAUGAGAAUAUUGAACGACAGGGUUCAGUACAAUAUAAUCCCAUUAAAGACGGAAGCUUACCAAUAAACGAGCAGAAUACUCGAUACCAAUAUAGACCAAAUGGCGAUGGAAUCGAUUUAUCAGGUUUCGGUUAUCAAACGUCAACUCAAAAAAUUAUAGGAGAAGACUUUAGCGGACCUAAGCAACAGCAAAGAUUCGAUCCUAAGCUUGGCUAUUACUAUUAA